AUGAUUGAGAAAAGGAAAAAGCGAAGACAAGCCGGUGAUUUGCAAUCUGAUGAUCAUUCUUGGAGACCUAAGGCAGAAGAACUUGAAAUCACUCAGUACUUGUUAAAAAAGCUUCCUAGCAAGGACGGUCGUCUUUCGGGUAUGAUAGUCCGGACGUUUUGUCCAAACGAAGCUGUGGAUGUAUUGAUGGAAUCGCCUUGGGCCAAAGUACAACCAGCCCAUGUAAAAUCGAAAAACCCAAAGCCCAGAUUAUUUGAUAAUCAGGCAGCUGCCAUUUCCUACUUGAAUAACUUGUUACAGAAACAGUUAUUUCGACGGGCGAUUCGUGUGAAGAAAAAGUCUGUUAUCAAACGCCGCGAUGAAACGAAAGUUACUAAGAUCAAAUCGAAGAAACUUGGCAGUGAAUUGAAGGCGAAGGAGAGCUGCGAGGAUCCAGCUCAACCAGAG